GUCCCGUCGGGGCGUGGGGCCGGCAGAUAGAGCGGCGGCCGGGGCCAUGAUCCGCCGGGGUGCGGUGCAGCGGAAGGUGCCGUGUCUGUUCGUGACCGAGGUGAAGGAAGAGCCGUCGGCCAAACGAGAGCGCCAGCCAUUUAAAGUUUUGGCAACUGAAACUAUAACUGGAAAGGCGUUAGAGGCAGAUGUAUACAGUGCAAUUCCUACUGAAAAGGUGGAUGGAACCUGCUGUUACGUAACUGCCUAUAAAGGGCAACCGUAUCUAUGGGCCAGGCUGGAUCGAAAGCCCAACAAACAAGCUGAAAAAAGGUUUAAGCAGUUCUUGUAUUCAUUGGAAGACUGCAAAGAAUUUGUUUGGAACGUUGAAGAGGAUUUCAAGCCUGUUCCAGACACCUGGAUUCCAGCAAAGGACAUCGAGUUCUCCAAUGGCAAUCCUUUGCCUGAUGAAAAUGGACAUAUGCCAGGUUGGUUGCCUGUGGAGAAAAACAGUAAGCAGUAUUGCUGGCACUCAUCUGUUGUAAAUUAUGAGGCUGAAAUAGCACUGGUAUUGAAACACCACACUGAGCCAGGUCUUCUGGAAAUCGGCCCGGUGCCAUUAUCAGAAAUUUUAGAACAAACAUUGGAGCUUAUUGGGACUAAUAUUAAUGCAAAUCCAUAUGGAUUGGGAAGCAAGAAGCAGCCUGUACAUCUUCUUGUACCGCAUGGAGCCUUCGAAAUAAAGAAUCCACCUGCUUUGAAACAAAAUGACAUACUGUCUUGGUUUGAAGGCUGCAGUGAGGGUAAAGUUGAAGGAAUUGUGUGGCACUGCCAUGAUGGGAGUUUAAUCAAGCUCCAUCGCCAUCAUCUCGGUUUACGCUGGCCCCUUGCAGAGACAUACCUGAAUUCUCAGCCUGUUGUAAUUUCUUUUAAUAGAACUAAAUAUGACUGUGACUUUGAACCAAAGAGUUUGUUUCAUCGUUUUUCAAACCUGAAUGGUCGGAGAUUUGACAGACUCAAAGAUAUCAAGUUCGAUGCUUGAAAUGAUUUUUCUCUGUGCAGUUAGUUGUCGUAUGUGCUGCAUUCCUCUUCUGUCUCCCACAGAGCUCUUUAAAAAUAAUUCUCUAGCUUAGGCAGCAGGCUCUGUAUUGUAUGAUAAUAACUUUUUCCUAAAUGACUAAUUUUAUGCAAUGAGAGAUCUGCCAGACAGAGCAGAGGUCUAGCUCUCAGCAUGUUUAUAUUCACUUCUGAGAAAUCCUUAACUUCCAUUUCUGGAAACUGUUACAAUUAAGUGUAAGAAGUAUGUUGUCUUAACACUGGCUGGUCCUAAUUUCGUAGCUAAUGAAUAUGAAUCAAGUGGCAAAGGUCCACAGCUUCCACUUGUGUAAGUACAAUUAGUAUGACCCUAUUACACAUAGGAUUCAGGUUUAGAAUGUAGUUGUUACUUAACAGUAAAGGACGUAUUUCAGGAGGGACCAGAGUUAGUCCUGAAGCGUGAUAGGUUUUUUUUUUAGAAGUUUUUAACAAUUUCUUUGGGGGUCAAACUUUUCACUGUAUUGUUAAACUGAGAAGCUGCAGCACUAUGCUAUUACUUGAAAACCUGAUUAAGCUAUGUCCUACAGCAACUUCUGCUACUUUGGGACAAAAAGAGUAAAUAAUAGAAAAUACACUAGUUCUGUUGUGGAGAUCCUUAAUUAGAGACGCACCAGAUUUGGGUUAAUAAUACCCCUUUUCAGACUGCAUCUCAAGUAGGAAACUUCAAGGGCAUAUUAAGUAAGUAAGACGGUGUAGAACUAAUAAAGGUGAGAAGGCAUGAUUGUUUGAGUUGGCUUUAUUUUAUCUGUGCAAUAAAAAUAUACAUCCAGCUAUAUAAAAUACACAAAAUGGAAAAAGAAGCCAUUUAUCUACAAAAAUGCCAUUAGUUUGGCUGAAAUACAAUAACUUUAGUUUCAGUUCUUUUGAUUUUUCUGAAAUUGAGGUAAAAAAAUAAUAGGGCUGUAAGAACAGCCAUCCAGCAUGCUGACCGAGUCCAUAGUUAAGAAGUAUGAAACCACAUAUUAAUUAGCAAUCUGGAAACAGCAUGUUUUCUCAGCCUUUUAGGCUAAAUCCAAGGUUCCACUUCACCUGACACCUGUGUAUUACCCAAAUUACUGUUCUGAAUUAAAAUACAAUAUUUCAAGGGAGUUGGGAGAGGUAAAACUCACUUUUAUUGUAACUGGUGUAUAUAAAUACAUACCAUAAGCCACUGACUAAUCCAAUUCUGCACUCUUGGGUACAUGCUGAACUAUUGUAACUUAAGUAGACUUGUAUCAUUCUCAAAUAAAAACAGAAAUAAAUCUGUAU